AUGGAUGCCGUAGAAGGCACAAUUGGUAGCAUACGCUUUUUGAUUCAAUUCCUUACUAUUAUUCAACGAGCACGCGGGUUUGAAGACGAGUUCGAAUUCUACCAGCUCCAACUUAAAGCGCACCUCUCCCGCUGUGCGACUGUCUCGAGAAUAAUCCAUGACACAAACGGCACCGAUGAGAUUUUGGUCUCAAACGCAAUAGAGCGCUCAACACAUACGUCAGGGCAUCAGGAACCAACAAUAGCCGAAAUUAUUCCCGCCAUUCAAGACAGGCUCCGCAAAGCUCAGCAAGAAGCCGCAAAGAUAGAAGCUGGCUAUUUGACAACCAACCCGCCCCAGCAGGAAGCCGAAACAAUACGAGUUCGAAUGAUGGGAUUUCUUGAUAAACAAAGAUUCCAAGCAGCAAAGAGAGUAGAAGGAAUAAAAUGGGCUUUAUAUAGGAAAGAUAAAAACGACAAGUUUAUCGCAAACAUCUCCGCGCUCAUUAAGGAUAUUGAGCGCGAAGUCAACGCCAACAGGGAAAGUCUUACACUUGGUAAAUCCAGGAUUAUAUACAUUGCGCGGGCCCACUCUUCAGCCAUGUGA